CAGUUAGUCUCUCAAAACGUGGUAAACCAAAGUUUGAAUCCCAACCAAAGAGAGGCUCGUGGACCGAAGGAGAGGUGUUUCCCUUUUCGGGGCUCCUCCUUUUCUUGCCCCUCUGCAUUUUUCUCAUUUGUCCUUCUAUGUUCCAUCACUUCACCAUGAAAAGGCUUUUUUAGCAAUAUAUUUAUUCCUACCUUCUACCGUGUCAUUCGCAUAAUGGGGUGUGAUCACCGUGUUAUUUGUGCUCAAAGACUCAGUUUUGUUAGCAUCUCUCUCUGCUUUCUGAUAAUUUCUAGUUGGACCCAGAUGGGAUUUGUCACUGAAGGUAGAAAGACACCAAAACAGAAUGGUUUUGAUCAGGUACAUGAUGAUAAGGCUAUGGUGAGGGCACAGAUAGGUUCAAGGCCACCAAGAUGUGAGAGAAGGUGCAGGUCUUGUGGACACUGUGAAGCCAUUCAAGUACCUACAAAUCCCCAAGCACAGAACGGGAAGAUCAACUCUUCAAAUGUGUCUACUACCAUUGCUUACACAAUGGGAGAAGGUGGUUCCAACUACAAGCCUAUGAGUUGGAAAUGCAAAUGUGGGAACCGUAUUUUCAACCCCUGACUCCAAUUGUUCCACAAUUAAUAAUUAUGGAGAUAGCAACUGAUGUAUUAUUACCAAUUUUGUAUGUGAAUAUACAUUUCUAAGUAAUUCUUUCUUUUUUUAGUCUUUUUGGUUCUUACCUCUCAUGUCUAUCUCUAAGGAAAAGAGUUCUUACAACAUAGCUCCCAGAAACUAUCCUCUAUUUCUUUGCUGCAAUGUUUAGUUGUAUCAUUUGCGGCUGCUAAUCACUGUCCAACGUGUAACUUGCAGUGUGCUAGUUGAUUUAGUGCUUCUGCUGCUCAAAGCAGAUU